UAUGCAUGCUUGAAUUUGUAUUCUGGAACUUACAUCUUCUUCGUUUCUUGUGAAGAAAAUCAUCAUCCUGCCUUGCUAAUCGAAUUUACUGCUUUCAAAAGAAUCAAAAUUUCAACUGGGCCUGGGCUUGAGUCGCUUGUAGAUCAGACUAUCUCGGUCAUUACCAAUGAUGGACGUAACAUAGUGGGAGUUUUAAAAGGCUUUGAUCAGGCUACAAAUAUAAUUCUCGAUGAAUCUCAUGAACGCGUAUACUCCACCAAGGAAGGUGUUCAGCAACUUGUGUUGUGUUUGUACAUAAUAAGAGGCGACAACAUUGUUGUUGGUGAACUGGAUGAAGAGCUUGAUUCCGCGCUCGACUUGUCGAACCUGAGAGCACAUCCUUUGAAGCCCGUUAUCCAUUGAUCGGAUUAAUGAAGUUGUAUUGGUUUUUAAGGACAGCAUGUCGGAUUAAACACCCAAGAAAAACAUGUCAAAUAACUGAAAUAUGAUGAAUGAAAACCAAUGUGUAUU